UUGUCACAAUUAAGCAUACAGUUGGGAUCGAGGUGAUAUUCUAACAUUUUAGAGCCUCAAGAAUAUUUUGAGUUUCUCUCCCGAACAUUCCAGCGAUUUAUCCGUAACAAUCGUUUUGACAAUACGUCAUUUGUGACCUGACAGAUACAUUAGGAAAAUUCAAGGCUGUCAACAAGUUAUGGACGGCAAGUAGGAUAAGGACACCCAGAAUUGUCACUCUGCCAUUUCUUUGAUCAAACACAAAUAAGCAAGAGGGUGUUGUCGAAGGCCUUUUUCGUUUGGUGAAUAUGUCUUUUUCUCUCAGGAAUCUGAUCAAACCCCAUGGGAUCCCCAAAGUAAUAGAGCUGGUUUUGAUAUUUAUUGUUGUCAUGAUUACCAGACUCGGUGGACCGGGUACUAGCCUCUUGGAAAUGGGAGCCAAGAAUGAUGCCAAUGCUUUUGGUUACAUGGUUGUGUUCGGCUAUUUCUUCAUCGUUAUUGUCCAAACCAUUGGAUUAGUAUUUUCAGAGGAGAUCACUAUUCAGAAUUUGAUCUACACCACCUUUGGAGCCCUGUUUUUUAUGAGUGUGGGUCUCACCCAAGUGAUCUCAAGCCCCAAAGAUAAUGCUACCCGCAUAGCCCAUGGAUCCUUGACCAUCAUCGUCAGCUUGGUUUUUUUGGUAGAUUGUGGAUUUACUUUUUGGAAAGCAAGAAAAGAGAGAGUCUGAUACUGGAACCAAUUUUAAGAGAAUGCACAAAUUGUUCGUUUCCUAACAACUUGUGCCAAAAACGCCAGAAUUUUCUUAUCAACUUGCUGAGAUACAAAGUGCCGCUGUGUGAAAUGUAUUUUCAAACUUUUUUCAUAGCUUUUCUUAUUUCACUAGCCUAGGAUGAAAGAUUAUGGGGAAAAUGUUUUCAUUUUUUGUAAGAAAAAUCACCUCUUUUGUGGGCAAUCAAUUGCUGCUACUGGGAAUAGAGACCUCAGUAGAAUCAAAUAAACGUUUGCCUUUUUGAGUACUUCGUGACAAAACAUCGGAUCGCAAAGGCGACCAUGCCAGUAAAACAUUGUUUGAAUCCAACCCAUUUUUCUUGUUAGCAUGAAAAAUGCCGAAAAGGGAACAGCAAAGGUAUUUUCCACCCAACACGACGUUUAGGGCAAUUUGUUCAAAAUGUGGCACACCCGAGUAAAGACUUAGGAUUGUGUUUUCAUCCCAGGUCACGAACCUUUAAUCACCUUUUUUAUUCCAUGAGCAGGUCAAGGUUUAGCUGCCUGCGACAGGAGGAAUGGACCUGACAAUUUGCGAAGUUAGGCCACUCUGUGACAGCAAUAUUUCAGCCCCUCUCCCCCCCUCUCCUCAUUUUUUUUUUAAAAUGUAAUUGAUGGCCGUCUUACUUAGAAUGCAUUCAUUAAAAGUUCAGAUUUACAUAUUAAACGGUGCAGAGUUUUGCCAUUAGAUAACUAAGAAUUGAUUACCCUCAAAUGACAGCUCCUUGCUCUUCACUGCCUACGUCAAGUUCUCAACCGCAUAUACACGUCUUCAAGCUACGGAACAUGUUUCUAACUUUUCACUCAACCUUUAUUGUACAACCAUUUUUAUCCCAUCUUGAGUUGUAUGAACUCUGAAGAUCGGCCCGAACUAAAACAUUGCGUCCCCUUCAUUCUCACUGUCUUUCUCUCAGAAUUGAGUCAGAUUUCAUUGUUGCCCGUGGUGUCUUGAAUUUGCAAUUCUAAUGGCUCUUGUAAAAUUUCGGGACGAGUGCGGGGCAAAAACGAAAGACAAUGAAUUUGUUCCAUUCCUUGACUGUGAGAACAAUGCCGUAUUUGGUGUGGAUGAAUUUGCCAAAAACAUAUGAUUAAUUGAACUAAGAGCCAUGUCGUCGUCAUUGGCGUCGCUAAGGCUAUCAUUUUUUGGUGCAUUGUCUUCCCAACUAUUUUUGGGACAGGGAAAAGACUUGGAGGAUGGGAAAAGUUUGCUACUGGCUCGAGAAAGAAGACAUGUUAUCAACAGGAAGUUCCUUGCGCCGCCUCGUUCUAAUCAACAUCCACCUCGGUUCCUCCAUAUUCUCUAAGAGCUCAACCGUGCGAGGCAAAGUCACCCGAGCCAACGAAGUUCCACGUCUCCAUUUUCCAAAAGAUCCAAGCAAAAGCAAACUGUUGGCCGGCUUUGAACGAGGAAGAAGAAAGAAGAAAGAAGAAAGAAAAAAAGGAAAGAACAGAGAACAGAGGAGAGACGAAGAGAGCCUUUGAGCAAUGUUGCGUCUGGCCGAGAAGUUACUGCUCUAUCGUCACAAGGCCGAGGGCCUCUUACUCCGUUUGUACCAUCUCAAACAGGAGCUGAGCGAUGCAAAUUCUGAUCUCUCGUUUCUACACGAGAAAUGCUUCUCGCCCUUGAGCAAGGCUUUGAGUGCGACACGAGACCUCCGAGGUUUCCAGCCUUCCUCCAAGCACGUGGAGGAGAUCGAAAAAAUGCGUCCCAAGAUCCGGAAGUACUUGGCCUUACCCCACGACACCCUUUUGGAUGUGUACUCGCUUUGUUCCAGUUCCUUAUUGGAAUUGUUUCAAGAUUGUAGAGUUCUGUCUCUGGACUCGGGUCGGAGUCCCCAGCUGACGUCACUCUAUUUGGAUUUAGUGGUUCUCUACGGCUCUCUGCUCAUCUUGUUGGCCCGGAUGCCAGAGAGGAAUCUAAUUUGCAUUUUAAUGUGUUUCACGAGUUCUCAAGGGGGUUCGAGCUCGGGUGAAGCCAGUGUUUCAGCACUGCCAACGACCACUUUGGAGUCACUUGGACCGCGCUCCACGACAGAUCGAGAUUUCCAUCUUGGAGUUUUUGAUUUUAUGGAACGAGUGGGACGUCCCCUGGUGCUGAUGUACCACAGCCUUCGACCUUUCCAAGCCACUGUAAAAGGCGCCUUUCUUUCCUCCGUUUGCUUGGCCUUUGUGGGGCAGCGGAAAAGUAGUGAGCAGUGGCGGAGCGAGGAGUUUCUGUCCAUUCAAACCAUGGUCGGGACCCCCAACCCCUCGACAGAGGACCAGGUGGCCAUGACCUCUUGCAUGGGCUAUCCCAUUGGUCUGGAAAUGGUCCACUUGGAACGAAUCGAGCAAUGGAUGUUCUUUAGUUUCCUUAUUUGCCACUUUGUCAUCGACUUCAACCACAAAGACGCUGGAGAAUAUCGAAUUUGGUCCAUGCUCCUUCAAGGCAUGUGGGUUUUACCCAUUAUCAGGGACGAGGUCAUUUGGGUGCACGAGGAACUUGGACAAUUCUUCAAGGCCAUCAAAGGACAAAAAGGGGAGGACAGAGUCAGCAAAAAGGCCAAUGAAAUGAAAAUCCUCUAUGCCACAGCAACCCGAUCCGCUCCGUAUUACCAUUUCCAAAGAAGGCUAUAUUUGACGAGCCUCCUCAAGCAUUACUCAACAUUGCUAAGAGACUGUCCGGCCUUAUUAGGACCGAGGAUUCUUCAUGUUUUGAAGGUCUGCAGUCUCAGUCAAGAUGAGUUGUAUUGGCUUUUGGCUCACCAUGCCAACAAACCCAACAAAUUGUCUUCUGAGGCCGAGCGGUUCCUGCAAAUUGAUUACGAGGUCCUGGAGCUCAUGUUCCAUCUGGAUGAGAUCCGUCAAAUGGUUCAAAAAUUCGGCCAUAAAGUCGCUCAUCCUUAUUUCGAGGCUUACAUCACAACUUUUGACAUUCCGGCCCUGCAAGAGACUCUCCUGGGUGAGAUCGCCAAAAUAAAUGAUCCCGAUAUCAACUCUCAUCCCAUGCAAAUUACCCUGCAAAGUUUGAUGGGCGCCAUUCAUCCCGUCGGCCAAGAGCAAUCGGGUCGGGAUAAAUCGCCUGUCAACCCGUUGAGCGAAGACGAGAAACAACCCGAAGCUCUCGACAAUCCCUUCUCUCAGCCUCCUGCAGCCUCAGGCGUGCAACCACCAAGAAAUGAACGUGUGACCAAGAUCACGACCGAGGCUCUCCAAUUGGACUGUCUAAGACUUCAGGUUUUUCUUGUCACCACAAAUUUUCAAAAGGCUACCGAGUCCUCUUUGUCGGACUCAAAAUCCUCGACGGACAGCCUCCACCGACGACCCAAAUCCCCGCCAACAGCUUUAACUCGCCAAAUUGAUGCUUUGCUUUCACAUUUGGCCCUAUUGAAGAGCUCUGGUCAGCCAGACCAAGAUGUUGAAAGUGCCGCGAGGCCUUCGGUCCUUUUUGACGAUCCUAUUUCGUCGGCCUUAACCCUGGCACGACUCGCUGCGGGCUAUCCCGACAUUUUGAAGCGUUUCUUUAGUCAUGUGAUCAAUGGAAACGUACCUGGAACAACAAUGGGUCUGGCCAUUGCUUUCCCAUGUAUUUGUGCUCAUCCGGAAGACCUCUGGAAUCCCAUGUGUCCCGAGGAUUAUGAGCGAUUGGCCAAGGCUGCAACAGAAAAUGCAAAGUUCUUUUUGCGACAAAUCUGUGCUCAACUCUUCAAGCACUUUCGUGCAUGGCUAACCUACCAAAAUGCCGUUACUCGGUCCACCGAAGCCUCGAAUGGAGCUGCUUUGAAAGUCGCAUUGAAGAUGGCCAGUCGGAGAACGAAAGAUGUUAGCGAGACAUCUUCCGCUCUGUCGGAGGUCAUGAAGUCUCGCGACGACAUGAUUAAUCGAGGAACGAUGACGGCGGCCUUUGGAACGAUGAAGAACGCGUUACAGUUGGAAGGAGCCGUGUUUCCCCUAAUGAUGGCAUUGUCAUUUACCUUGAACCGUUAUGAUGAGAUGCGAGUAUUUUCUUGUCGCUUUCGACCACUUGAGUUCUUUCUUCAAACCCUAGAGGCGGAUUUCAUUGCCGGUAUUGGAGCCAUUUUGAAAAUCGAGCGCGGUACACUCAACACACCUACAAACGUACUUUCUCAUGUGGAAGAUUACAUUUGGUGUUUGCUGUCAUUGGGAAACCACGUAUCCGGUGUUGAUAUGCCCCUGAUCUGCCUGGGGCUCUUGAAUAUGAUGCAAAGGUGCUCAGUGGACCAACACAUGAAUGCCUCCCUUGGGGAAUCCGUUCAACAAUACCUAGAGUCCUAUUUCUCACAAGUCAUCAAACCCUUGGUGUGGAACAAUACCUUAGUGUUCUCGGAGACAUUCAAAUGUUUCGUCCUCCCAUCAUGCUUGGAUGUCACGAAGAAAGAUUUGCCUAUGAGCGAUGUCCUCAAAGCAUUUACCUUGGAAGAUUUUGUGGGGAGCAACCAAUUAGAAGCCUUGGCCAAAGUAUUUGGAACUGCGGGAAUUGAGGUCCUAAAGUCAAGACUUCUUCACGAACUUAUAUUCAAAGACCUCCGCGAACUACAAACCGUCACAAUGGCCUCAAGGAAUGAGGCCAUUCCUGUAUCGACAACCCUGUCUUUAGGAAUUCGACUAGGCGUUAGUUUGUCCAUACAUGAUCUUCUAGACCAAGCGGUGGGAAAAGUGAGCCGGGAGCGAUUGCCUCAUCUGUGCUCUGUUCUCGAAGACCUAAUUUCUGAGGACCAUCACCGACAAUCCGAUGAUGAAACGGACAAUGGCAUCCAGGAAAUGGCCUCGCUCAUGGGCCUUCAUCCCUCUCCGAGAAGCAACUUCAAUGUAGCAGAAUUAAUACACCGAGAAGCUCUGUUCGAGUAUGAGGACUUGCUUCAUUUAAUGCAGAUAUUUUCCCAUGCUAUCCCCUACUCGGGUUUAUUAACAUCCAGCCUAUUCAUUGGGGAAACCACUAAUGCCCGCGGGGAGAAGAUAUGCAUCGACGGUCAUUUCAACAACCUCAACUGCUUGGCACAAACUGUGAGUCAGCUGUUCUCCGUAUUGUUCUACUUGACUCGUCUACCCGUGGAUGAGGACCACGCUGAGGACAUCAUGAGAAAUCAAGAUGAGCGCCAUUGCUUCGAAGCUUUUCUGUCGCUUCUGGCCAAGAAACUGGUGGAUUUUCAAGGCCGAGGAGGCUCUACUACGAAGGAUUCCAAGUCCAACCAAGAGUCUGUCCUUCUUCUUCUUAGCCUCAUUAUUGAGCAUUGCCCGACCGUGGACCAUGACGUGCUCAAUAAGAUUUUCCCCCUUCCCAUCAAGCUUCUUCAUCGGGCUCGCGAACGAAUCGGACGAUCGGAACAUGAUGUGCGCUUUCAGAGAAGCUUUCAGGCCUUGAGUUUGACUGAUAAAUGCAUUGAAUCCUCGGAGCUGAGCCGACGGGAACUGUCCACAAAGAGUGGUCCGAUCAUGAUCCAAGUGCGAGAGGGAGACGACGAUCUUCAAAUCAAGCAAAACGACGACGUAAAUGAGGAUGAAGACAUGGCAUAUGAGUUCGUUAAUGAUUAUUAGCUGGAAUAUGACACGUUCUGAUGGAGCAAGAGAAUCGAAAAUAGCCACACUGAACAAUCAGUCCAUGAGGCCAAUCAAAACAGGAUAUGAAGGACGCUCCAAAUGGGCAAAUUCGAUUAUUCAAGUUUCAACAACCCUUAUAGUUAUCGGAAUUCAAUAACUUUCACAAACAAUUUUUGUCAUCCUUGCAUUUUCACUUAGUUUCAAUGGCCAACGAGCGAAGUCCAUGUUGACGCUUGAUAAACAAAUCUAACUUUCUUUUCACCACAAAAAAAUUGAUGCCAUUUUUCCCUUUGUCAGAUGACACCUAUUAUGGAGAAAAUUAUGCUAUCAGAAGGGUUGAAUGGACAAAGAAAUGUUCCGCGAAGUUAAAUUCUUCAAGUCACAAUUCAAUCAAAAACAUGAAACAUGAAACUUAUACAAACAAAGUGUGUUUGUAUACAUCCCCAGCGAAAGAAAAUGAAAUAUUUUGUAAGAGAAGUCAUUGCAAAUACAUCUGCGGUAGUAUAAAUUAUAAAGUAUGAGCCACUGGACCGUGAAAUUUUUGUAUAUAGGAUCUUUAUUUUGCUCUUACGAGUGUUUGACGGGCAAUUUUUAUUUGUAAUUUUUUUUGUAUUUUCUUUGAAAUUGUAAAACAUGAGCGUAAUAUUGUAAGCAGAAUUGCAAUUUGACGCUUAUAAAAUAUUCGAUAUCGAGGAAAGGAAAUUGCGAAGCUUGCCUUCCAAUAACUAAUUUCUUAUUGUGAUAACGUGCGAGUUAGCAAGUAUGCAAAUAAAGUCUCUGUGUUUCGA